AUGCUGCAUUGGCCGGAGGAGAACGAGGAUUUCUACGACCAAACCAUGGAUGGCCGGCUUCCGCGCGUGGUGCUGACCACCUUUGACAACGCGGCAAGAAGAGGUGAAGAGCCUCACGACAACGGCAUCAUUCACUUUGGUCGUCUGUCGCUACCCUUGGAUCAGAUCAGAGAGGCUAGAUAUGGCGUGAGCCCCAAGGACCGAAUCUGGCAAAUGGAGGAGCCGGACACGUGGCAGGAUAUCUACGCCAUGGGGAUGCUGCUGCGACGGAUCAUAUUGGACAGGACUUACCACCGAGACGAGAUCCCAAUAGAAGGCCAAUCGAACUGGUUCGAUCCCAAGAACUACCCAGAUUUGUGGCUUUUUUCAGAGGCCGAACGCGGGCCUUACUCUUAUGAUCUCAUCGAGGUGAUUCAACGUUUUGAGAUGGUGGGGCCAGAUCAGUUGAUACAGCAAUGGCAGGGUACCGCCCGGUUUGAAGAGUGGGAAAAGCCUGCUUAUUUUGAUACAGCGGAAAGGUUACUGGACCUGGUACGAGAAGCCAAGUGUCACGUCGAGAGAUGUUUGAACGAUCCGGCAGACCCACGCACAGUCAGCAUCUUGACGGUUCGACCGCCAGAUCUGAGGCACUAUCACAUGCCGUUCCGGACCAGGAAGCUUCGGGAAAACGAAGCGGAGAAGGAGAUGAAAGAGUUGAUGAAGUCGCUUAAUGGACCGGCCUACAAGGUCUUGGUCGAGUACGGGCCGGAGCACGAGAACGCUCGUCUGGCGAAGACGGAUAAGAUGAGGGAAUUGGGAAAGAGGCGGGCGGCAAGGGUGGAGGAGAUGAAUAAACGAGUGAAUGACAUGUUUCAGAAACCAUACAUUGAUCAAAUGGAGCGAAUGCUGCAAGACGAUGAGAGGCAGGAUUAUAGGAAACGGUUGCGACAGCGGAAUGAACAGUAUCGUGAGACGAUGAGCUUGGUUAGGAAGAUGGUCAAGAAGGCUAGGAGGCGGAGGUAUGGGAGGCGGGAGGAAUCGCCUGAAGGGGAAGAGCAGGAAGAGGGACAGGAAGGGGGACAGGAAGAACAACAGGAAGAGGAACAGGAGGAAGAGGAACAGGAGGAAGAUGAUCAAGAGGAUGAUCAAGAGAGUGAUCAAGAGGAUGAUCAAGAGGAUGAUCAAGAGAGUGAUCAAGAGGAUGAUCAAGAGGAUGAUCAAGAGGAAGCCUCGGAGAGUGAUGGGUGA